CAAUGGCAAAAUUUCUGACAUUAGCAAGAUGUCGUAGUUUAGCGAUACCUCUUGUUGCUCUAGAUCCCACGGUUCUCCUUGCUCUGAGGCAGAGCUGUCUGCCAGGAUUAAGGCCAAGAUGUAACAUUAUUUUUCCUGGGGUUUGGGUGCGUCUUACUUGGAGCAGCAGUUCCGAUGUUCGUAGAAAUCAAAAGACUCCCGCCCACCUUUUUUUACCGAUCUUCUUACAGUGUGCUACCUUCUGCAGGUACUAAAAGAUGGCAGAGCACAGGUGGAAGUGUGUCAGAUACAUCAAUGCAUAUAUCCAGCAGUAAAUCUGAUUCACCAUCACAGGUUAAGAAAAUAGAGGCCUCAGAAGUAAAGCGGUUGUUUCGUCUUGCCAAGCCUGAAAGGUGGACGUUAGCAUGUGCUGUUAGUCUUCUGGCGCUGUCGAGCACAAUAACAAUGGCUGUUCCUUUUGCCCUCGGCCAUGUUGUAGACAUUAUUUACACAGCAGAUGCAGAUGUGAUGAAGCAGAAUCUUGACCGAGUUUGUAUGAUUUUAAGUGGUGUCUUCUUAACUGGUGCUGUGUCCAAUUUUGGUCGUGUUUAUCUGAUGAAUGUUGCAGGUCAGCGAAUAACCCGUGCCUUGCGGUCAUCUGUGUUUGCUGCCAUUAUGAAGCAGGAAAUAGCAUUCUUUGACUCAAAUAAAACUGGAGAACUUGUUAACAGGCUGUCAGCUGAUACAUCCCUGGUAUCCCAGUCAGUGACAAUGAACAUUUCGGAUGGGUUAAGGUCCUUGGUGAUGACCUUAGCAGGAGUGGGGAUGAUGUUUUAUAUGUCAUUGGAUUUGGCAAUAGUUGGCCUCAGUAUUGUUCCUCCUGUAGCCUUGGGUGCAAUAUUUUUCGGACGGUAUGUUCGGACUAUUACAAAAAGUGUUCAGGAUACUCUUGCACAAUCAACGCAAGUUGCAGAGGAGAGAAUAUCAAACAUACGCACAGUACGAUCUUUCUCCCAGGAAGGGAGAGAGAUGCAGACUUAUGACAAAAGUGUCAACUAUGUUCUGGACAUGACAUACAAGGAAUCGCUAGCAAGAGCAAUUUUCUUUGGAAUGACAGGUCUCAGCGGGAACGUUAUCAUCUUGUCUGUCCUGUACUAUGGCGGUGGCUUGGUUACAGAUGCUUCCUUGUCAGUUGGUCAGCUGUCGUCUUUUCUCUUGUAUGCUGCCUAUGUGGGAAUUGCUCUAGGUGGCUUGUCCUCAUUCUAUUCUGAAAUGAACAGAGGCAUUGGAGCAUCAACAAGACUAUUUGAGUUGAUCGAUCGACAUCCUACCAUUCCAGUGCAAGGAGGUGUCACGUUAAGCAGUGAUGAACUUAAAGGUGCUAUACAGUUUAAAAAUGUGAUGUUUGCCUACCCAACCAGACCAGAAUUGGUCUUAUUCAAAGAUUUGAAUCUCUCAGUUCCUGCAGGGUCAGUAGUGGCUGUUGUAGGAUCCAGCGGAUCUGGUAAAAGUACUAUUGGAUCUUUACUGCUUCGACUCUAUGAUCCACUGAGUGGCGAGGUUACAAUUGAUGGGGUACCAUUAACAAAACUUGACCCAUCGUGGCUUCGAUCAGCAAUCGGGUGUGUAAGUCAGGAACCUGCUCUUUUCUCAACAUCUAUAAGAGAAAACUUACUAUAUGGAGCUCUAGAACCAAAUACUGUAACCGAGGAACAAAUUGAAGCAUCUCUUAGGGAGGCCAAUGCCUUGAAUUUCGUCAAAUCAUUCCCUGAUGGUCUGGAUACCUUAGUGGGAGAGAGGGGCAUCAUGCUUUCUGGCGGCCAGAAACAAAGGAUCGCCAUUGCCCGGGCACUGAUAAGCAAUCCAAGGAUAUUGUUACUUGACGAAGCUACCAGUGCUCUGGAUGCAGAGAGUGAGAGCUUAGUUCAAGAAGCCCUGGAAAGAUUAAUGCAUGGUCGUACUGUCAUCACAAUUGCACAUAGGCUCUCAACAAUUAGGAAUGCAAGUCAGAUAGCUGUUCUCCAGGAGGGCGGCAUUGUUGAGCUGGGAUCUUAUCAAGAUCUCAUGGCCCAGCCUGGAGGUAUUUUCAGGAAAUUGGUGGAAAGGCAGAUGAUAUCUCACUGAGGACAAAACAAAAGCCAAAACUUCUCCAGUGAUUUUAAACUAGUCGUUUGUAGGCAGUGUGAUUCGUAUGUGUAUUUUUGUUUCUGAGUUCAUUAUUCAUAAAAGGAAGGAAGAGUAAGUAUGAAAGUAUUUUACGUUUGUUAUAACGUCAUCUGUUCGUGUGAUAGAGUUGUUGGUAAUGUUAUUUGAUUAUUUAAUAUCCAUUUUGAAAGUUAAUGGACAUGGCAGCAAUUAGUAUUUCCUUUAAAAAGUAUCGUGAGUGUGAACAUGUUUUGUGUUCUUACUUUGGAUAUGAUCCCAUAAGAUUGCAGUGAUGUAAAUAUUAAAGAUAUUUUUGUAUAUGUAGCAAAAUGAGUGUUAUAUUAUCAGUAUACAUGUUAUUCAUUGUAAAGUUAUUAGUGUUGUAUCUGGUUGUGCAAGCACUGGUAUAAUGCCUUCAUCCAUCUGCUGAACGAGGCAUAUUUUUACCUUUUUUGUGUUUUGGAAAGUGAUCUAAGUUUAGUUUGUCUGGGAAAAUAUUUAGUAUUACAUUUUAAAGGUUGCACGAUGAAAAUAUCUAGCCCUUAGGUUAAGAGGUACAGCUGGCUUAAUAUUAAUAUAGAGGAAUCUUUAAUUUAUAUCCAGGAUUGGUUUUUAUUUCAUCAUUAAUUGAGAACAGAAUUCUGAGUGUGAAAAUUAUACAAGGCUAUUAUCAGUAAUUAAAUAUGCAUUAAGAAAUUAGAAGGGAAGAAAACAUAAAACUUGUCAGUCAAAUGUAAGAGAAUGUAAGAGUGGAUGUUUCACUGUUUCUCGGAUCACUUUUCAAAUGGAAACCGAAACACACGUUAUGCAGUUUAUAAAUGUAUGUAGUAGUAUAUGUAUUACAUCAAGUUUCCCUUUAGAGGAUUUUGCUUUAUGAAUAGUGUACUUCAAUUGUUUACUUUAAUAGCCUUGGUGGUAAACAUUCUUUACAAGACAGAAAGCAAUUGUUAACCCUAGAUUAAGAUCUUGAAAUUUUUGGAAAGUCAAAAGGAAUAAAUUGCUGGUCAUUAGGCUUAGAAAGGGUUUGUUUCAAAUAAAAUUGGGUCAGUGAGCUUGACUGGUUAAGUAGCAGACAUUGGUGCUUUAAUAAAAUACUGUUGUGUAAGUUCAUCUGUCUUAACUGUCUGUUACACAUGAACCUCCCACGAUCCUCUCAGGUGAAUGGUGAUGUAAAGGCAGUUGUCAUGAAGUACGCGAGAAUCGACAUUUUACAGCUCCCUAAUAAUUCAUGCGUGUAUAAUAACUGCAUUGUAAUUAAUCGAUGAUAUUCAUUUCAUAUUUUUCUACAUUUUAGUUCUCAUAUAGGAGUGAUCUGACCACUCACUACUUAGUGAGAGUCACGAGGUAGAAGCUGUGCGUUGUUUAAUGACAUUUUUUCAGUCCAGUUAAAUGAUGCUUUUGAAGUUUUAUAAUUUUACAUACCUGCUUCUUUGUCCUCAAGUUUUGCUGUGGCAUCAGCUCGGAAAAUUUUGUGUCAAGCUAUUUAUUCUAAAGGUUAUGAAGAGAAAAUAAAAGUGAAGAAAGGUUUAAUCUUUUCUUUUGGGAAAAUAUUUUGUUGGCACCAAAUUCUUUGUAAUCCAAGAACAAGAAGUUAUUUUUAGGUGGUAGUUUUAUUUACUGCUUAGUGUUCUUUCAAGUUAGAAGGUUUAGAGAUGUACUUAAGAAAUUUAUUUUUCCAGUAGUCUGUACCUAUAGAUUUUAUGCACUUUAGCGUUGUUGCUUAGAUGACCUUUUUAGUCAUGAUGGAAGUAUUACUAUAUUUGUACAUUUUGCACUCCUCUCAAAAAUAGGACAACUGUGACUGAGUAAAUACAGGUACAGUCAUCUAUAUUUCCUCUCUGUGAUUAAAGAAGUAAGGGUAUUGGGAUCUUGUUUCCUACUUCAUUAGAUGCAUUUUUAUUUUUUAUAGUAUGUAAUGCUUUCCUAGUUUUUCAUCAUAUGUGAGCUGGUAGAGGGAGAGUAUUAUUGUUUGAGGAUGUAGAAAUUGCUUAGCUCAAGUAUAGCAAAUGUUAGUCUUAUUUAUUGCUUUUUUAAUGUUAAGUAAUAUAUUUUACAAAUUUCAUAAAUCUGUUACAUAAACAAUUGCUCUUGCUUGUCUUAGAUGAUAUAUUUUACCAAUUACCCUAACCUUUUAUGUGACACAGUUGCUCUUGCUUGUCUCAGAGAUGCAGAGAGAAACAUUUUUUAUGUAAAAUAACUACCUUUUAAAAUUUUACUAAUGUAUCAUGAAAAUUUUUCUUACAAUUACGUGUCAUAGAAGAUUUAAGAAGUUUUUGUAUGCAAAUAAACCUAAUGUAGAAAGAAGGUCUACAAAAUACAGAUGAUGUAUAGUAUGUGAUACCAAGUAAGCCUUUUGAGAAAGAAAGACAAGGCGAUGGAGUCAAGAUGCACAAAUUGCCGUUAAAGAGGAAAAAAGCCUUCAAGUUCUGGCAAGAAAGAGGAUAGAGUUGUAUAUAGAGAAACAAGGAGGCAGCAUGAAAGGCACAUGGCAAAGGCAAAGAAGAGGGAAAUGAGAGAAUAUCCAGGGUAACCAAAUGGCUGAGUAAAGAUGGAAAAGGGAUAAAGCAUAUAAAAGAUGAAAAUACGUAGAGGAAUUAAACUUGAAAAUAUAGUUACUGGAAUGAUGGAUGCAAUACUUUGAAAAUCUGAAUGAAGAAAGUAUAGCAUGGUGGCAUAACAAAGGAAUCAGUAUAGAUCAAAGUAGCUGAAGAUUUCAAAUAGGCCCUCAGGAAGAUGAAAAAUGGAAAUGCCCGGGUGAAUCAUGGAAUUUAACACCUAGAAAAGCUCAUCAAAAACAUUGACACCAAAUAGGGAUGGAGCCGAGAAGUAGUAGUCUGGUUAAAUGACCUAAUGACCAAGAAUUGAGGAAGUUUCCACUUUAAAGUAUUGAAUAGAUAUGUAUAUAAUUUCUUUUACCUGUAGUAAUGUUCAAGAGGUACUUUGUCACAGGUAUUGAGGGUAGUUGUGUGGCUUUGCCAAACUACCUUUACCUAUUUCUACUUGAGGGAUAUCACCCACUACCCCAUGGAUGCAUUCUCCUCGGGACCUGUGGUGGCUGCCCAACAAUUAUAACUACUUGGGCUCCGAUGUGACAGAACAGCAUCUUGCAAGAGACUUAUGGUGGUGAAUAGUAGGAUGAAGAAGGAAGGCUGGUUCUCUUUCCCUCGUCUUCUCAAUGGCCAGGCCAGUUGCAGGUGGAUUACACAACUGAGGUAGACUGGCUUCCGUUGGUCAUUAGAUGUGACUCCCUCCAUCCCUUUCUUAACAGGGGAAGUGUAAGUAGAUAGCAUGGAUAUCUCGGUUUUUGUACUAUAAAGCUAUCUUCCAAGUUGGUCUUCCCUUCCGACAGGAAACCCUUAAGUCCUCCUUUUUCCAGGAGUAAGGUUGCAAGAAGCUGCACUCAGGCAAAGGGUCCUGUCAUCCUUGAUAUCACACAUGACAGGAUAUGUUACAGGAGCCAUCCUUCCCCUGCUCACUUACAUGACUGGGAAAUUGACUUAUGGUAGGAGAUAAGCACAGGAAAGCACAUUUCUGGGUAGGAGAUCAACACCUUUCAUACUCAUAAGACAGUUCCUCCUUCUGAGGAGUGUGUCUAUUCACAAAGUGGAGGUUUGUAUUUUCAUAGGAACACAUAUUACAUUUUGAAGGUAACAUGCAAUUUUUCCAGAAAAACCUUACGUCUUUAAUAAAAAUCUCGCUGCUAACCAACCCUGCAAUUGCCUUGUUGCUGAAGGUAAGAGUGACAGUGCCCAACUGAGUGGGUAGAUUGCCUACAGUUAACUUCCUUUGCUCCCAACCAGCCAUCACUGAAGCUAUUCCUUACAAAGACUUCAGGUUUGUGAAUUGAGGAAAAGUAGUCGUAAAAUUUCCAGUUUUUAUGAAAUAGUGAUGUCUUAUGUUUAUGAACAGGCACUCUAUCUGAAGGUCACAUUUUAAACUACCACAAAAAGAGCUAGGCAAUGAUAUGGGAUACUUUGCUAGAAUACAAGGGUAAUGCUACACUGUUCCCAAAAUGUAUAGUCAGUGCAUUUGUGUCUAAUGACAAAGUAUUGGCUUAUUUUAUUCAAAGAGGAGAGUUUUUGUUAUUUCACAAUGUUACCAACAAGCUACAUAGUAAUAUUAAGAAUGUUAACCCAGUUGUCUGAGUAAACUAUUUAUUUAUUAUUAGUAAUACAAAUGUUCUCGAUUUGAGUCAUGUUUACAGUGCAUUUAUAGGGUCGAGUUACUUUCAUCAUCCAGUUGUUGUGGAUAUGCUCUUGUGUAAACAUCAGUAUUGAUAUCUACUCAUGUUUAUCAUUUAAAUGCAGUGUUGUAACACUCCUUGUCUUAACUCCUCUUUCAAGAUAAGAUGGGUGCUCUUACGUCUUUGGGAGUGGGUACUACGAGUACUCUAAAUGAUUAAAAUAUAAAGCUUUUACCAUCUCUUAAAUUUUUAACUGAAUGAUCAGCAUGAUUUAAACAAAGACACAGCAUGGUAAUAGAAUAUAUUAACAGAUUGUUAUCUUUUUAUGACAUAUUUUAUAUUUUAUUAGUAUACUGUAAAUAAUUUAUCUUUUUGAUAGUUUUAUGGUUGAUAGUAAAGAUAUACUAUUUGA